AUGGAUAUUAAAAACAAUACGGCUCUAAUUGAAGCCCUGUUAUUAGAAGAGCUUCCGGACUGCGACGAAGCGUCUGAUGCAGGUGUGUCCGAUGAUGAAGUGGAAAAUGUUCAACUACCCUCGCCAAGAGGUUUCGAUGAAAUUUUUGAAAGAGCUAUAGAAGAUGUUUUGGCCGAAGUUCCGCCGUCGUCGCCGUCAAAUGAAGAUGUAUUGGAGUACCCAAUAAAUCAGGUACCCACAUCUUCAUUACCUGCACCUAGUGUUCAGCCUGAUCUACCAUCUGCAAAUAACUCUUCACACCGAACUAACCAGCGAUUACCCGAACCAAACCGUAAAUGGAAAAAGAGGGACCUAAGUACAUCUUUACCGGAAUACAUUGCGGAUACUGGAGUAGUAGAUGACUGGUUUGCUCACUGUACCACACCGACUGAUAUAUUUUUAGUAUUGAUUGAUGACAUUGUUGACAAUAUUGUAUACCAAAGUAACCUUUAUGCUACUCAGAAAAGCAAAGUAUUGAACCUAAAAAAAAGAGGAACUCCUAACAUUUAUAGGUAUUAA